UUUUUUUUUUCUAUACUACAAAAUGACGCCUAGGUCAAGAAAACCUAUGAUAUCGCACUUCAAUGUUAUGGUGGUGGGAUUCUCAGGGGUAGGGAAAACUUCAUUUGUACGGACUUUAUUGGAAUCACUCAAGAUGAAGAUGACAAAGGACAAGAGAGAAACCAUGUUUCAACCUACUGGUAAUGGCAAAGCUUUAAUUGAAGGACCUCUCGAACGUACCUUGGUACCAUAUACUGUCUCUGUAGAUGCUGAAGUGGAUGGUGAAAAGAUGGUUUUGACCUUGAUUGAUACUCCUGGCUUUCAAACCGAUUAUAUUGUGGACAAACAAUUACAUGAUAUUUUGGGUUAUAUUGAACAUCAAUUUGAUCUUACAUUGGCUGAGGAAAACAAAGUGAAACGAAAUCCCAAAGCAGUAGAUACUCAAGUACAUGCAUGUCUUUAUUUUGUGGAUCCUAGCAAGACAGAUUUGGAUGAUUAUGAUAUUCGAGUUCUUUCCAAAUUAGCGAAACGAGUGAAUGUGAUACCAGUGAUAGGCAAAGCCGAUACUCUGACUUUGGCUCAACGCAACAGAUUAAGACCCACCAUCAUCAAAUCGAUUUACAAUACUCAUAAACUUCCACUUUACGGUAUGCCCGAAGACGAAGAAGAAGAAAAUGAAGAUGAAUAUAUCGACGAUUCUAUUACUACAGAAACUAACAAUGAUGACGAAAAGACCAACAAAGAUGACAAAGUAAACAGAAAGGAAAGUUUGGACGUAUUUUUACAACAAUUUGAUUAUGAAAAGGAAGAUGAUGAAGUACAAACAUUCAUCGAUUAUUUGCGCGCCAUUCCUUUUACAUUUAUUGCAUGCGAAGAAGAUCCAACAACCGGCCAACCUAUCAAGAUGAAGUCUACAGAUGGUAAAACCUCUAUUCAACUUGGAAGGGAUUAUGGAUGGGGCACCAUUGAUUGUUUAAGCGAUGAAUAUAGUGACUUCAAUAAACUCAAAACAAUGCUUUUGGUAUCUCACCGACGUAUUCUCAUGUCCGAAACUGUCGAACGUUACUAUGAACAAUAUCGUACCGAACGCCUUUUACAGAAACGUGCUACCAAGAUGAAAAGUAUGGUUGUCAGCAAGAAAAUCUUGGAAGAUCUCACCCAAAUUUAGUUUCUUUUUUUUUUUAUUUGUUACUUUCUUUCUUUUUUUUUUUUUCUAUUGAUUUGGUUGACG